UCCCUCCCCUCCUGCACGUGCUCCUCCUCAUCCUCCUCUGUAUCCUUCUCGUCUGUAUCCUUCUUCUCAUCCUCCUCCACAUCCUCUGCAACCGUCUCUUCCACAUCAUCCAACUCCACACCCUACUCCGCUUCCUCCUUCCCCACAUCCUCCUCCUCCUCAACCUCUGCAUCCUCUGCAUCUUUCUCCUCCACACUGUCUUCCUCUGCAUGCUCAUCCAUCUCAUCCUCUGCAUGCUUCUCCUCCUCUGCAUCCUCCUCCUCCUCAUCUGCAUUCUAUGCAUCGUCCUCCACAUCCUCCUCCUCAUUCUCUGCAUCUUCCACCUCCACAUCCUCAUCUGCAUCCUUCUCAUCUGCAUCCUCCUCCUCCACAUCCUCCUCCUCCUCCUCCUCCACAUCCUAUGCAUUGUCCUCUGCAUCCUGCUCAUCUGCAUCCUCCACAUCCUUCUCUGCAUCCUCCUCCUCCUCUGCAUCCUCCUCCACCGCCUCCUCAUAUGUAUCCUCCUCCUUGUCCUCCUCCUCUGCAUCUUCCGUCUCCGCAUCCUUCCCCUCCACAUCAUCCUCCUCCUCCGUAUCCUCCUCCUCCAUGUCCUCCUCCGCAUCCUCCACAUUCAUAUCCUCCACGUUCUCCUCCUCCUCCUCUGCCUCCUCCACAUCCUUUUCCACAUCCACCACCUCCUCCUCCACAUUAUCCUGCUCCUCCUCCUCCGCAUCCUACACAUCUUCCUACACAUCCUCCUCAUCUGCAUCCUCCGCAUCCUCCUAUGCAACUUCCUACACAUCCUUCUCCUCUGCAUCCUCUGCUUCCUCCUCUUUCUCAUCUUCCACAUACUCCUCCUUCUAA